AUGACUAUCACAAUCACCGUGGAGAAGGAUGGCUACUACGAGGUCAAUGGGGCCCGACAGGAGCCUACCGUAUCUCUUUAUGUGAUUCCAGCAGCUUCCAAGUUGCGUCGGAUGCUGAAAGAUACCAGAGACCUCAUUGUAUGUCCUGGUGUUUACGAUGGCCUUUCCGCUCGAAUUGCCAUGCAGGUCGGUUUCAAGGGACUCUACAUGACUGGCGCUGGAACGACUGCAUCACGUUUGGGAAUGGCCGAUCUUGGACUGGCUCAGCUCCAUGACAUGAAGACAAACGCGGAGAUGAUCGCAAACCUUGAUCCGUUUGGUCCUCCAUUGAUCGCAGAUAUGGAUACUGGCUACGGAGGCCCCCUGAUGGUGUCAAAGUCUGUUCAGCAAUACAUCCAGGCUGGUGUGGCUGGCUUCCACAUUGAAGACCAAAUCCAGAACAAGCGCUGUGGGCAUCUCAACGGCAAGAAAGUCGUUGGCCUUGAGGAAUACCUCACCCGCAUACGCGCCGCCAAGCUGACCAAGGAUCGCUUGCACUCAGACAUUGUCCUGAUUGCCCGGACCGAUGCGCUCCAGCAGCAUGGAUACGAAGAGUGCAUUCGCCGACUGAAGGCGGCUCGGGAUAUCGGCGCGGAUGUUGGGCUGCUCGAAGGGUUUACCUCCAAAGAGCAAGCCCGGCAAGCAGUGCAGGAUCUGGCACCUUGGCCUCUUCUCCUCAACAUGGUAGAGAAUGGAGCUAGCCCUCUCAUUACCACGAAGGAGGCGGAGGAAAUGGGCUUCAGAAUCAUGAUCUUCUCAUUCGCCACGAUCACCCCCGCCUACAUGGGUAUCAAGGCGACUUUGGAGCGCCUCAAGUCAGAAGGAGUGGUCGGCGUCCCCGAAGGACUGGGACCGAAAACCAUCUUCGAUGUCUGUGGCUUGAUGGAUUCUAUGAAAGUUGACACAGAAUCCGGAGGUGAUGGCUUCGUCGAUGGUGUCUAG